UGCCGCUCUGGUUGCCUCCCAAGCUCGAAGGUGAAGAACAGGAUGGGAAAGGUUUCGUUGGCUGGUCUGGUGGAAGGAGUCUAGAUGUAUAAAGUUCCCAAGCAUUCCUCCCUCUUUUUGCCGAUUUGAUUCACUUUCAUACCCAACAACAAGCCACUCAUACAAUCCUGUUCUCUAAAGAGCACCACCUCAACCAACUUCCACAUCACAUAAACUACAAACUACAACCAUCACCAUGGACAAGCUCAAGAACCUCGCCUCCGGAAGCUCUGGCAACACCGCCGCUGCCCCCGGCCAGCAGAAGCAGGAUCCCGUCGAUAAGAUCUUCGAUGCUGGCUCCAAGAAGGCUGGACACGACUUCUCUCCCAGUACGGACGAGAAGAUCACCGAUGCUGGUCGCGGAAUCUACGAGAAGGUGACCGGAAAGAAGGUCAACCCCAAGAUUUCCAACUAAAUGUACAACAUAUAUUUUGGUCACGACUCUUUUACGACAAUGGGACGAUUGCGGCUAUGAUAUCAUACCUCCCAUAUAGCUUUUAAUGAACCACAUUACCAUUAUGUCUUUGUUCCAUUAUACGAGCUGGUUGGACUCACCACAGCCGCAAGCUUGAUGAAUUUGUAAACGUACGGUCAAUAGUGUAUACUCGUCUUCAUUAUAUGGACAUAGUGUUUGCUACAUUCAUUGUAACAGCCCAAUUGCGGCGGACGCAGCCGACAGGAUGAUAUAUGGCUGUAGCUAGCCACGAAAAUAAAGUACGGUCCAACGUGGGAAUGCCAAUGGAGACCGUUCUUAAUGUUACUGGACCUACCUGAAUUCCAUGAGAUUGGCCGGUGUGGUACCAGAUAUUCACGAGGC